GCAUUAUCAUAUGGCACGAGCUCUAUAUAUAGGCUUGAUCCUUAAGCUUACAUUCACGCCUUCCUUCGUUUGUUUGAGUACUCUUCUAUAGACUCAAUCUUUCUCUACUUUCUUAAGUGCUUAAUUAGUGUCCUAAUAAACCAUAAUGGCCGGACUAAACUCAUCAACGAAGCUACCACCUCCAUCAGUGGGAAAGUUACUCACUGUCCUCAGCAUUGAUGGAGGUGGCAUAAAAGGACUCAUCCCUGCUGUUGUUCUUCACUUCCUUGAGGGAGAGCUUAAGAAACUUGAUGGAGAGCAAGCAAGAAUUGCAGACUAUUUUGAUGUGAUUGCGGGAACAAGCACUGGUGGCCUCAUUACAGCAAUGUUGGGUGCCCCAGAUGCCAAUGCAAACAACCCUCGUCCAAAAUAUACUACUGAUGAUAUAAAAAAUUUCUAUAUCGACGACGGUGCCAAAAUUUUCCCUCCUAACACUCCUACUCCUAAUUCUGGGCCCAAAUAUGAUGGAAAAUUUUUACACGACACUUUGAAAGCAGAAUUGGGAUCAACCCGAUUGGUUCAAUCAUUCACCAAUCUUGUGAUUCCAACCUUUGAUAUAUUACGACUUAGGCCUACUAUUUUCUCAAAGUUUAAGGCUCAAGAAGAUGAAUUCAAAUACUUGAAUGGACUCCUCUCAGAUAUAAGCAUAGCAACUUCAGCUGCACCUGUUUAUCUCCCAGCACAUUGUUUUACCUCUGAAGAUGGUAACACAGAAUUUAAUAUGAUUGAUGGUGGUGCAGCUGCCGGUAAUCCGGUAUUGGUGUCUCUGAGUGAAUUAGGACAAGAGAAGAUGAAGCAUCCAGAAUUAUACCCAAUGAUGGACAGAGCAGACGACUGCUCCAAUAUCCUGCUGCUGUCUCUGGGUUGUGGAGUUCAACCGCCGGUGGCUGCGCCGGGAUGGGACGUUGCCACAGUAAAUCAAUGGAAUCUAAUAGCAUGGAUGGCUGAAUUUGAUGCAUCGUUUAACCUAAAAACAUCUCCUAUGUUGGAGAUUAUCGGUGCUGCAUCAACAGACGUAGUGGAGUAUUAUGCUUAUAGUCUCUUUAAAGCUCGUAACGCUGAGCGCAAUUACCUUCGAGUUCAGACGGAUGCUCUGACCCCCGAUAUGGAUAAGAUGGACAAUGCAGACCCGGAUAACUUGAACAAUCUGGUGGAUAUUGCGAAUAAGAUGAUAGAUGGAAACGUUAAAAAGAUCAAUCCAGUAACUUUCCAACUCGAACCCAUCGAUGAUACUACUACGUAUCAACAGGAGCUUAUACGCUAUGCUAAGAUUCUGUCCGAAGAGAGGAAGGGUCGAAUCGCUAAAUUGGGAUCCAAGAAAUAUUAGUGUUGAAUUCAUGGAAAGUACUGUCGCAGCAACGUCAAUAAUCAUCAUCGUCUUGUUUCAAUUAUCCUUUAAAUUUGUGUGUGCAAGCAGUUAGAUAUGUCUUCCGUAUCUUUUGUGCUUUGUUUUCAAUAAAUGAUGUUGCUUUACUAUUCUAAGACCGAUCAAUAAAAGUGAUGACGAGUUAAUCUGGUAUCUCAA